GUUCUAAAGUUGAAACACUUGACACAAGCUGUGUAGCAAUAAUAUAAUAUAAUCAUUUCAAACACAGUCCAUUCCUUUUUUCAUGGAUCUCCCAAUAUUUCUUCUCUCAUCCAUUCAUUCACUCACAAGUCACAAACCAUGAUUGAUUAAUACAUAUAAAAACCAUAAACUCAACACAUUCAUAUUUCCACUAAUUCCUCUCCCCUAAAACCUUCAAAAUCCAUCAUUCUCUCACACACCACAAAUCCACAAGACAACAACAAUGCUAGAUCCAGCUAAUGAUUUGGUUCCACCACCAUCUUCACCCUCCAUCUCUUCCAUUUCUUCCUCUGAUCUUGACACUGAGUCCACAGGAUCAUUUUUUCAUGAUAGAAGCACAACAUUAGGGACACUAAUGGGAGUGAGUUUUCCGGCGAUUGCAUUCAGAGUCCCAUCACAGCACCGGGAAUCACAUUCUGACGCCGGAGCCUGCGCCGGUGGAUCCAUUAGGAAUGCGUCUAACAAAAAGAAGAAAAGGGCCGCCGCCGCCGCAUCGGUGGCGGCGGAACGGCGACGAAAGUGGUGGCAGCUGUGUAGGGACAGUGACGCAAGACCGGCUUCGCUCGGAGAUUUUUUGGAGGUGGAGCGGCGGUUUGGCGACGGCGCAUUUUACGAAACGGCGGCGGAGCUUGAGGGGAUGGUGGCUGAGGCUGACCAGCCGCAGAGGAACGGCGGGAGAGUGCUUUUUGCUGAUGGGAGGGUUCUUCCACCGGUGGAAGAUGUUGGCAACGGAGAAUCGCCGGCGGAGAGUCUUUGUAAUAGGUUUCCGGUGUCACUCGCCGGAAUAUGCAGCGGCGGUGCUGGAUAGGUGUUUCUUAGUUAUUGAAUUUUUCGUUUUUAUAUAUAUUUUUCCAAAAUUAAAAAAUAUGUGGAUUUAUUUAUUUAAUAUUUUUCGUUAAUUUUUUAUGUUUGUUUGAUUGUUACUUCAUUGGUAAAUUAAGAUUCUUUUUGUCUGUGGUUUAUGUGCAAAAAAGCAAGGUUUGGCUUUUACCUUUUGUUA